UGGCUCGGGUGCUCUGCUCCGCUGCCGGCCACGUCUCCACGCCGGGCCGCGGGUACCUCCAAGCCGUCCGACGGCCGCCCGGCCGCCGCAGGCCUGCCGCGCCCGGAUGCGUCUGUUCCCAGAGCGGGGCAUCUGCCCAUGUCCCACGUGGGCACAAAGCAUGCCGUGGCCUGCAAGUGCUCCUGGAGGCUGCUCUCACCUCCUGCAAAGCCAGACCUCGCCCCGCAAGCACAUGGUGCCAAGCCCGCCGCUCUCCGGGGAGGACAAGGGCCCAGCGUGGGAGCUUGCCCUGAGCAGCUGCAUCUGAUCCUUCAGCCAAGCAGCAGGGAGUCACCAGCAGCCUGAGGAGCGGCCAGCUGGGAGCCCCAGGGACUGCCCAGCCUGGCUCCUAGCUCACCCACAAGAUGUGGACAGCCCUUGUGCUCGUUUGGAUUUCCUCCUUGUCCUUAUCCGAGAGCCAAGUGCCAUCCCGGGAUGCACGGCACUUAGUCCUCAACCAGACAGAUAAUCCAGCCAAGAAAAGUGUAUCUGUGAUGACAGUUACCAGAGUCCUUAAUGGAACAUCCGAAAUAAUGACCGCAGUGACACCUUCUCCUGUCCCAUUGGCCACAGGGACCCCGGUGGCCAACGCCAGCUCUCCUGCAGUCACAGCAGGGAGAACACUCAGGACAGACGCGGGGACGGAAGGUUCCCCUGAACAAGUAGCCUCCGGGGCACCCCAGCCCCCUGCCCCGGCAACAUCACAGCGGACCCCAUCCUCCACCGCCGUCCGUGUCCCCCACACACAGGUGCCAAGUGGCAGUCCACUGCCAGGGACAGCAGCUCUGACGACACUGGCCACCAGCGCUCAGCCCACCACUGGGCCUGUCAUGACUGCCCACGCCCCGAUGGGCACACACAGCCCUUCCCAGCAUACCCCCGGCAACUCCACAGCCAGUCCCACGGCCAGCUCGGGUCCCCAAGUGCUUAACGUGUCCACACAAGCCCCCGCCGUCCAGGCAUCAACAGGCUGGCCCACGGCUGGCUCGGCAAGUGGGCCCACAGGCACCGUCUCCAGCACAGCCUCGGAGCCCACCCGCCCAUCCGUGACUCCCGCGGCCACCACAGCAGGGACCAGCACCACAGCCCAUGCCCAGGAGCCAACCACCAGCUCAGCGCCAGCACCUGUGCCCCCCACCAGCCCGACCCCCAAGGGGGAGGCCACGUCCCCCACGACCCGGCCGAGCCCUGCUCCAUCAACACAUGGGGCUGCAGGGCCAGGCACAGCCCGGACACCCGAGCACGUGCUGCCUGAAACCCCUCCUGGCACAGCGUCCUCCGCCCCGACGCCGCCGGGGGCUCCCGGGAGCACGACGAUGUCAGCCACAGACCUGUGCCCGCUCAGCACCCAAGGCCAGUACGUGGUGGUCACCACCAGGCCCCUCAGCCCGUCUCUGGUGAACAAGGGUUUCCUGCUGGCGGCGCUCUUCCUCGGGGUGGCCCUGUUCCUCGUCGUCGUGGUUCUGCUCGCCCUGCAAGCCUACGAGAGCUACAGGAAGAAGGAGUACACGCAGGUGGACUAUCUCAUCAACGGGAUGUACGCGGACUCGGAAAUGUGAGCGGCGGGGCGCGCCCAGCCCGCCCCUCCGGCCGUGUUGCCUCUGAGACCAAACCAAGUGCUUCCAGAUCCUUUUGGUGCAAUUAGGAGGUAGGCCGGACGUCUCUGCACAUUUCCUCGCGGUCGGAUUAAGUCCACGAUCACUCGAGAGCGGCUGCUUUUUCGUAUUUAUUUUUGUAAACAAUCAUGUCCAUGCGAUGGGCAGCGAUCGCGCCAUGGGCGGGGCUGCAGGGCCCCCGUGUGGAUCCCGACCCGAAUUAAAGCAAUGACCACCUUCCAUUCA